AUGGUGCAGCCACCCAACAUGGACGACCUCAACCUCUCUGACUCGGACACGGAAGCCCUCUUUGACACCCCCGCCGCGCGCAAGAACAAGCAAAGAGCGCAGGGUGCUGGGGCUGGAGCUGGAGCUGGAGCUGGGGCUGGAGAGGGUGCAGCAGCGGGCAAGGCGCGUGCAAAGGAGUCGCAUUACACCACAGAAGAGGCUAGAGAGGCUGCAUUGCGGCGAGAGCUGGAGAGCAUGCGCAAUGUCAACAAAGUGAUCGAGGGCGUCGUCGAGAGCCUACAGAAGGCCAAAGACAACAUGGGUACGGUCUCAAAGACUGUUCAAAAUGCCUCCACUCUCCUCCAAACAUGGACGCGCAUCCUCUCGCAGACGGAGCACAACCAGCGGCUCAUCUUGAACCCGCAGUGGCAGGGCGCAACACAGGACAUGGUCGACAUCGAAGAGGAAGAGAACCACAGAAAGCAGGCUGUUGAGCGUAGAGCAGCAGAAGAGCAGGCACGGAGGGAGGCAGCUGCCAGAAAAGCUGAGGAGGAGCGCAGGAAGGCAGAAGCAGGGCCACCAAAGCCAGCAACAAGAGGAAGAGGCAGAGCCACGCGGCCACGCGGAACCUCAACAUCCACAACAUCGAGCGGCUAUGUCGGCGUCGGAGGACAGACCGGACGAGGCGUCAGCCGUGGCGACUCAACGAGAGGUCGAGCUGGCAGCGGCAUUGGGCGAGGACUGCGCGGUCGGGGUCGAGGGCGAGGAACCGAAUGA